AUGGCUAGAAAUAAUCUCAACAAGCCAACGCCAGCAGUUCCAGUGUCUGAAAAGAAGGAGAAGAAGCAGGAAAAGCAGGAGAAGCAGGAGAAUCUCCCAGAUAAGAUUCUCUUUAGUGACAUCCACGACCAAGUCAAAACAGAUACAAAGUCUAAUCGUGUACAGCCUGUGGAACCCGUACCUAGAAGCAGAUCCCCUUUCAGGCUUACAAGUCUCGUCAAGCGCUUCACUCUCUUUUUCCUCCUUUACACCUUUCUAGCCCACUUAUUCUGCCACACUCCAAUUACUCCCGACUCAAGUGACCUCUGCGUGCGUCAUCAGUCUACCGUCGAGUACUUUGAACCCGUCUACUACGACCACGUUCACCCAGUCAUCCUCCCUCACCUUCAACAAGCUCAAAAUAAGCUUAAUCCGAUUACAACUCAGCUAGUUAAGCUCGAACCUUAUCUCAGCAGAUCCAAGAAGAGUGCCACGCACCUCUACAACGCUUCUAUCCACCCACGACUCGAAAUUCAAUCGAGAAGACUAGCGAAUAGGUUUAAACCUGUUUAUGAUGAAUGGCAGGGUGUUGCAAUGCGUUAUUGGAAGGUAUAUCACGACAAGUACUACCUCCCAAUCUCCACCCACAAGCACACUCAGCGUGUCUUUUCUCUUCUCAACCAAUCUCAUAAGCAAAUUCAAAACACCUACACUGCUCUGCACCCCCACUUAAGUGUCGUGCACGCAUACUCUCAGCGUCAGGCUAUCAGGGCACUUUCAACAACUUGGUCGUACACUAAAACGUACUAUCCGCAUAUACGCACAUUCCUCACAAAGUACUUGAAGCGCGCAGUGGCUGAGUGGCUCGCUAUUAGUCACAGAAUAACAUCACACAUCUCCCGCUUGGCUCUCGGUCAGUAUGUCAAAUUUGGUCUCGACGAUAAACUCAUUACCGUCAAACACUUCCAUUCGCUCAAAGGCAAGUUCCUUGAUCCUGUCCUUAGCCGACUUGCCGAGUGGAUCGAGGUCCAGCGCUCUAAUACAGCCAGCACAUACGGAGCGACUGGCGAAACAGCGGAUGAGAUAAGCUAUUUCCUCGCAAGCAUGAGCGGAAGUGAGGGUGAGAAUGAGGGGGAGAAGCAAGGAGAGGGAGAGGGAGAACAAGUCAAAGAAAACAGCGGCACGGGCACAGCGGUGCCAGAAGCACCACAACCCACGCCCCAUCUGGAAGAAACACUUACGACACUCAAUGACACACAUACAGAGCUAUCUCGUCUUCUCGAUGCCAGUGCGGUCCAAUUCAUGCACCGUCUCUCGACGCAGCGCGCAGAAUUGGCGUCGUCAGUCACACUAAGCAGUGAAAAGGCUGUCGAAUCGCUCACGAGUGAUUUCCAGCGACUGAUGGAUGGUUUUGUCGACUACCACGAGCGGGAAAUGAGUGAAAUUAGUGACCAAGGAGAUGAGAAGCACCACACACACACCCAAAACAUAGAAACAGUCCGUACGAAAGUAACCAACAAACUGCGCCAGCUCGCCCAAAACGUUUUGGACGGUAUGGUGCGUUGGCAGGGAGAAAUAGAUGAGAUGGAAGUGAAGAUGAUCGGGGAGGCGAUUAGCGCGCCGCGUGAAUUUCUCACUCGAGCACAGAGGGAGGUUGGUAGCACACUCGCUUGGACGGAUGGUGUCACUUAUCGCGAUUGGAUGCACUAUCACCAUCUCACGCAAACCUUUGACGAGCGUGUCGAUCAUCUUAGCGAUGUCCAAGAAACCGAUUUGGUGUUAGAGCCAUUGUUUGAAGAGGUGUUUGGCAAGGUCGUCGCUCUCGAGCAGCAGUUUGAGUCGCGCGUGGCGAGCGUGGGGAAGGUGUACGUGAGCGAGCAAGAAGAGGAAGAAGAGGAGCGCAUAGAGGAGCAGGAGGACGCACAAGAAAAGCCAUACGAUCAUUACCAUCAAGAGCCACACACACCCUUCGAAAACGACGACAACAGUCAAGAUGUUGAACAGAGCACCGAGAAAGAAUUCAUCCAACACUCACCACUGGUUGACACACAUAAAGACAAUGACACGGCGCAUGGCACGAUAUUUGACGUGGCUGAUUACCCAACCAGCACAGCUAUACCGGAGAGCGCAGCAGGCACACAACACGUACAUGAGGAGCUGUAA